GCGCUGGUUGCGACUGCCUGUCCAUUGAGUCCACGCUGUUGAUGUGGAAGGUGGGGGCGGCAAACGCCGCGACGCGUCCCCUGUCGCUCCUGCUCCUCAAGACCCUGGCCCACCUGGCCGCCAUAGAAAUUCCAAUUGGAGACAAUACUAGACAAAUGCAAUAAUAAGUUCUCCUAUCAAUAUAAAUUCAAUGGCAAUCCGAAUGCUAGCAUAUUUCCGAACCGCUCAGCCAAGCGAAACAAUAGCAAUGUCCCCUCGCUCCCUCAAUCCAUCCCAACGUCCCCCCCCAUAAUGACCUCCCCUUUCCCAACCCUCCCCCUCGGCCCUGGCGUCGGCGAAAUCACCCUCCAUCCCCUCCGCACCGCCCAACCCGCCCUCCAAUCCCUCCGCUACCAAUAUCCCCUCAAACUCGUCGCCCCCGCCCCCUCCACCGUCUCCUCCCCCCCCUCCUCCCCCCCGACCACCCACCUCGUCCACACCAUCUUCCUCCUCACCUACGGCGGCGGCCUCGUCGCCGGCGACGUCAUAUCCCUGCACGUCUCCCUCGCCGCCGCCGCACGCCUCGUCCUCCUCACGCAAGGCAGCACGAAGGUCUACAAGGCACCGAGCGGGGGUGCGGGCGCGCGGCAGCGCAUGGAGGUGGCGUUGCGGGACGACGCGAUGUUGUGCUAUCUUCCGGACCCGGUGCAGCCGUUCGCGAAGAGCGCAUUCGAGCAGGCGCAGGUAUAUGUGUUGCAUGGCGCAGAGGCGAGUCUGUGUGUGGCGGAUUGGGUGGCGGAGGGGCGGAGGGCGAGGGGGGAGAGAUGGGGCUUUGGGGGGUAUGGGUCGCGGAAUGAGGUGUGGGGGUGUGAGGCAGGGGGAGGGGGGAGGCGGUUGCUGGUGAGGGAUAAUGUGUUUUUGACGGAUAAACAUGGGGCGAAUGGGGACUUUGCGGCGGCGGUGGAUGGGCUGGGGGCGGUGGGGACGUUGAUUUUGGGGGGGCCGGGGUUUCGGGGGGUGGGAAGGUUUUUUAUGGAGGAGUUUCAAGCGAUGCCGAGGGUGGGGGGGAAGAAGUGGGAUGGGAGUGAGGGGGAGGAGGAGGAGACGGGGAGGGAGCGGUGGAGGGCGAGACGGCUGAAGGAGGAGGGGCGGGAUGGGGUGCUGUGGACGGCAGCAGAUGUGAGAGGGUUUGUGUUGGUGAAGUUUGGCGCGAGGGAGGUGGAGGGAGUGAAGGUGUGGCUUCGGAAUAUGCUGAGGGAAGAAGGGACGGUUGAAGCGACGUUCGGGGAGCGUGCGCUGCUCUGUAUGAAAUAGACAAGACACAAAGGUCGCAGCCU